AGUGAAUGACGCAGUUGACAUUUACAAGCGGUUGAAUGCAGAGCUCAAGAGUUCAGCUGAAAUUCGCUGUCCACAUUUCCACAAGUCGCUGGCGUUGGCCCAAGUCAAAGUCAAGACUUCCACGGCAUCUUUAUACAUGCACAUAUAUAUAUAUAGCAUUCUGGAUGCUCUGAAUUGAAGGCAACUCUAAUCUGAAGCCGGACUUGUUUGUCUAUCAGUGGCUGACGAAGCCGCGGGUUAUCAUCGAACUUGACCAAUAUUUGUUUCCAUUUCAACGCGACGAAAGUUUCAUUGGCAUCGACAGUCGUCUUUUGUGCCUCGCAGCGAUCACAGCACUAGAAAUCGUUAAUAUAUAUUAGCUAUACUUCCUAUAUAUUUAUAUACAGAAAAAAUGUUAUUAAAGCCGUUUGUGCUAUUUGUCGUGUGCCUGUGUCUGGCUCCUCCGGAGAGCCAAGCGGAUUUAUCAUUUAUCUUUGGAAAUAUUUCGCUAUUCAAUUUGAACUUCAAGACGCCAAAACUGCUGGGGCGCUCCAUAACUGUAAACAGUAAUGUGAAAAUUGAUAGCGAUGUGGACCCCAACAUACAAGAAGAUUCGCAUUUGAGUACGUAUAAUCUUAUUAAGAAAUAUGGCUAUCCCGCUGAGAAUCACAGUGUGACAACUGAUGAUGGUUAUAUUUUAACACUGCAUCGCAUUGCCCGCCAUGGAGCAACGCCAGUUCUGCUAGUUCAUGGACUUUUGGAUAGCUCAGCCACCUGGGUGAUGAUGGGUCCCAACAAGGGUCUAGGCUAUUUGCUAUAUGAGCAGGGCUAUGAUGUGUGGAUGGCCAAUGUGCGCGGCAAUACGUAUUCCAGGAAGCAUGUGAGGUACACACAUUCGCAAGCCAAAUACUGGGACUUCACAUUCCAUGAAAUGGGCGUGUACGAUAUACCCAAGACAAUCGAUUAUAUACUAGAUACGACGAGCUUCAAGCAAUUGCAUUACAUCGGCCACUCUCAGGGCACCGUUGUCUUCUGGAUCAUGGGCAGCGAGAAACCCGAGUACAUGGACAAGAUUCUCUUUAUGCAGGCUCUGGCGCCAGUUGCCUACUUAAAGCACUGCAAGAGUCCGGUCGUCAAUUUCCUGGCCGAGUUUCAUACGUCGGUGAGCUUUGUGCUCCGGCUGAUUGGUGUUCAUGAGUUUUUGCCCAAAAACGAGUUCAUUGUGAUGUUCAAUCAGCUGAUCUGCGAUGAGACAACCAUAACCAAAGAGAUCUGCUCCAAUGUGAUCUUCCUGACCACCGGCUUUGACAAGCUGCAGCUGAAUGAGACAAUGUUGCCCGUUGUGGUCGGCCAUGCUCCGGCUGGCGCUUCCACCAAGCAGAUGCAGCACUUUGGCCAGGUGCGCAGAUCCGGUGAAUUCCGGCAGUUCGACUACGGCUGGCUGAGGAAUCAUUGGCGCUACAACAACAUCACCCCACCUGCAUACAAGCUGGAGAAUGUCAAGGCCAAGGUGGCCCUGUACUACAGCCAAAACGAUUGGCUAGCCCAGCCAGCGGAUGUGCAGUCGCUGCGUCGCCGGCUGCCCAAUGUGGUCCAUCAUUAUCUGGUGGACUAUCCCGAGUUCAAUCAUCUCGACUUUAUCUGGGGCGUCGAUGCCCGUGAGCUGCUGUGGGAUUCUAUGCUAAAGCAAAUGCGCGCAAAUGAAAUAGAUAAUAAUAUAGAUACGACAAAUUGAUUAGUAUAAGAACUAAAAUUAAUAUCGAUUUAGUACAAGUCCUAUAUAUACUUACAGUAUGAGCCCAAUACAAUUGCUAUUGGCCAUUAUUUGUUGUACAUAUAUUAAAUAUUUAUUAAUCGAUUAAAGCUUAGUGUAAACAUUAGUAUUUAGUUUUGUAUAGCUUUAAAAUGGGACAAGUUUUUAAUGUAAAUCGACCUACGUCUUAUUCAAAUAAGCUAUUACUAUUAUUAGAAUAACUGGGAAGUAGUUUAGCUUAUCAAGUUUUAUACGCUAUAAUAAAUAGUAAUUAAUUGAGUUGUGUAAA